UCCACUACGUGGUACCGUUGUGUCACGCUCCUGUCCAGCGUUAUCACGGGGAGGCGACACCGGGGUGUCGCGGUCGCGCGUGGUCUCCGAUCCCUUCGUGAAGACGCUGUCAGCAGCGAGAAUGACGUCCCGUCACGAAAAGGAGCGCGCCAAGCAGAUCCAGGAGAAAUGUCAAAAUCUGCUGACGCAGAUGCUUCGCGAUGAGGAUAACAAGUAUUGCGUCGACUGCGACGCGAAAGGACCAAGAUGGGCUAGUUGGAAUUUGGGGAUUUUCUUGUGUAUUCGAUGUGCUGGUAUUCAUAGAAAUCUUGGAGUACAUAUAAGUAAAGUUAAAUCUGUUAAUUUAGAUACAUGGACGCCGGAACAAGUUGUGAGUUUACAACAAAUGGGCAAUUCUCGAGCUAGAGCAGUCUAUGAAGCCAAUCUUCCAGAUAGUUUUCGAAGACCUCAAACGGAUUGUAGUCUGGAAAGUUUUAUUCGGGCAAAAUAUGAACAUAAGAAAUAUAUAGCUAGAGAAUGGGUGCCACCUCCCUUACCAAAAGUAAAUUGGGACAAAGAACUUGAUGAAGAGGCUGAAAGACAACGCAGACGAAAAAAGGAAAAUUCAGAAGCUACGACUACUGUACUGCCCCCUGUAAAAAAACCGGAAGUAGUGCCUCAAUUGCCAAAACCUCGAAGUUCCGUCAGUCCUAAACUGGGCAGAACAAAAGAUUCUGCAAUCCUUGAUCUCUUAGGUCUUGAUGCGCCAACAACUAACCAAACAAAUGUAAAUGGUUCUGGGGACGAUGUAUUUUCUUCCUUUUUGUCUGCACCACCUGCUUCAAUAACUUCAACUGGAAAUGAUUCUAAUGGAAGUAAAACAACCACUACUGCAAGUAAAAGCGAAGAGGAGAGCUUCUUUAAUCAACCGACUCCGCUACCUCAGGAAAAAAGCAAGAUGACAAAAGACAGUAUUUUAGCAUUAUAUGGUACUCCGAGUCAUCAACCAGCUAUUUAUGGUGUCUCAGGGGGAGUGUAUCCUCAACACUCUAUACCAUAUAAACAGCAAAUGCCUAAUGUGGGUGUAUUUGGGCAACAAAGCUCAUUGGGUCCACUCAGCCAACUUCCCACGCAAAUACCGGUCGCAAAUCAGAUACCUGUCAAUCAAAAUCAAAUUAUGGCAAAUCCUAAUACGAUAGGUGCUGUAGCAGCCAAUCCUUUAGGUUUACAUAUAGGUCCAAUGAAUCAAUUAAAUGGUGUACCUAAUGCUGCUAUCUCAAUGCCACCUCAAAUGAUGAUGCAGUUAGGACAAAGUAAUAUUGCUAGUAAUAAUGGAUGGAGUGGAAUGUUGACACAGAAUAUUCAACCAGCUCCUGGUAGCAAUCCCUUCUUUAAUUUAACAGCACAGCAACAACAAACUACUGCAUUUACCGCUCAGUUGCCACAACAAAUGUCGCAGAUGUCUCUGGGCGAUAUGAAUUUUGCCUCUACAGGCAAGCCUGCCGCUGCCGCGCUACCUGGGCAGACCCUUUCCACAAACUUAUGGCAGUAAAAUUAUUAUUGCGGAUAUUGUUAGCCUGAUUAUCUCAUUCAGUGUUGCAUACUAAUGUCGACAGUUUAUUAUCCAAUGUAAUAACAGAUUUCCAUGUCCAUCAAUUGGACAUUGCUUUGGAAAGUAAUAGAACUGACGACGGAGACACUAAAAUGAAAAAAGAAAAAUUAUACUCGAUUGUUGUCUCAACACAUAAUUCGUCAAUGUUUAUAGAGCUUCAAGUAGAUAAAUAUUUUUGUUUGAAAGCCUCCACCAGCUUUCAACAUUACUGUUGAGAAAAAAAGAAACUGGAAUAAAAAAAUAAGAAAAGUUUUUGAAUGAAUGUAAAAAGUUAUUUGUGUAACACUAAAUAUGUACCUCAUGGUAAAAAUUAUGUUGCUACAAUGAAAGCUUUUUGUAAUUGCAAUUGAAAUAUAUAUGUCAGGGUCCAUUUUCAAUAUAACAAAGCAUUCAUUCGAAUCAGUGGAAAACGGUAUAAUUUUUAUUGCUAUGUGUUUUUGUCAGUUCAUUUGAUAAAAUGAAAAUACUUCAGUUGACAUGAAGCACAUUUUCUCAUAUGGAACGAUAUCGAAAAUGGAACUUAAGCCAUACCGAUUUCAAACACUGAUUCAAAGAUGUACAUUGCAUAUGUACGAAUUUUGUUAGAGACGUGAAAAGACUUGGAUUUUCAAUUUAUUUUUAAGGUAUUAUAUUUGACACGUGCAAUAUGUGUCCACAUUUAUUCUGUAUUAGUAAAUAAAUACAAAAUAAUAUGAAUG